AGAACAAAGCGGAGCUGCGGAUUGAAAAAAAAGCGCGCAGUUGACGAAUUUGUGGAUAUAAUAAUAAAGUGGAAGCACACACGCAAAAACGGACACAAAGAAAACGUGGGCAAUUAUUGCCAAAAUAAUAGUUUGAUUUUAAUGUCAUUUUAAAAGUUCGUUUUACGAUUUUUCUAGCUCCGCCUUCCAGUCGGCAUUUGGUUACACGUCAAUCAACUUUGUCUCCGUUUCAGUCUCAUUCCGUUAUAUUUUUAUUUUUUUCCCCGUGUCCUUCUAUGUAUUCCUUUCGCGCAUACACUGCCGCGUCUCGCCUCGUUUAUGUUCUUAUUGUGUGUUUUUAAUUGUCGACGGUGAUCGCUUGACGACGGAAAAUAAGUAGCUGAAAAAUCCGGAACGAUUCCGCCGCCGGUUCGUCCAGUGUUUAGUGUCCAGUUUCCAGCGAAUAGGAAAGGAAAACAAAACAGAAACCCGCGUGGUGCCUAUAUUUCAUUUGGAUCGUAUGAUAUAUCCUAUAUUUUUCCGUGCGAAACCCCUCUUCUAUAUAUAAACGUGCCAAAAUCAUAAAAAGUGAUCAUAAACGGAGUUUUAACAAAAAGGAAUAAUUUUAACCACGGUUUUACAAUACCAAAAUAAAAGGAGUGGAUAACAACCGCAAACAAUCGUUAACAAUAUCAAGAGAGCAAGUUUGCUGCCAUUUGCUCAUCCUUUGUAAGUUUGUUGUUUUGUGGUUGUUGUCUGGGGGCAAAAAAACAGUUGUUAGCAUGAGUCAAACUGUAAGUUUGCACUACGACGAAAAAGAAAACGUAGCGACCAUGAUGUCCUGCCCCCUUCCCAUGCAAUUACCGAUACCGAUUCCUUCAAUACACAAACCAGAAUUUGCACCGGUUCAUAUUGGAGUCAAGCAAAUGCAAUUGUUGCACGCACCGCCGUCCACGCAUCCGCAUCCUCCACAUCCGCAUCCGCAUCAGCAUCCGCAGCAACAGCAGCAGCAGCAACAGCCGCAGGUGCAUCCCUAUCAGGCCAUGCAGGUGCAACACCAGCAGCAGCAGCAGCAACAUCAGGCGGCAGUGUUCCACCAGCAAGUGGCAGCCAUUGCCGCUCAGCAGCAACAGCAGCAGCAGCAGCAGCAGGCGCAACAGCAGCAGCAACAUCAGCAACAAAUGCAGCAACAGUUCCACUACCAAGCUCAGGCUCAGGCUCAAGCUCAGGCUCAGGCUCAGGCCAUGUUGCAAACAUACAUGCAACUGCAGGUGAACAGUGUACCGGUGACGCCCACUAAACCAUCGGCGGCGGCAACUGUGGCAACAGUGGGUGCUGUGGGUCCUGUGCCCAUCUCCGUGCCGGCGCAAUUCUUCGCGGCGCCUAGCACACCGCUGACGAUCAUUCCGACGAUCAUACCGGCCACGCCCACUUCGGCGGCCACCACACCGACCAACAAUGUAAAUAAUACAGUUAAUCUAUCAGCCGUAACUAGAACUACUACCACUACUACUAAAGAGCAGCCGCUGGCAGCCGGCGGUCAUGGAAUCCCAAACGCUGGCCAACAGCAGUAUCAGUACCAGCAACAGCAUCAGGAGGAGAUAGCCGCCUCCAUAUUGGGUCCGGCACCCCUGAUCCUGGCCAGCGUUCGGGGUUGCAGCAGCGCCAGCAGCGGUUGCAGUUCUGCAUCUUCUGAUUGUUCUAUGCCAUCGCCAACUUCACUACACUUAUCUUCUCCUAAAAAGGUAAGGAUCGAUGAACAAUUUAUAUAUAAACUAAACUAUUUGCGCGGAAGCGACGAACUUUUGAGUCAAGCAGCAGUCAUGGCGCCCGCUUCCGACAAUAACAAUCAGGACCUGGCCACAAAGAAGGCCAAGCUGGAACCGGGCACAGUUCUGGCCGGCGGAAUUGCCAAGGCCUCCAAAGUCAUCCACUUGCGCAACAUUCCAAACGAGUCCGGUGAGUCGGAUGUGAUUGCCCUGGGCCUUCCGUUCGGACGCGUGACCAACGUCCUGGUGCUCAAGGGCAAGAAUCAGGCGUUCAUCGAGAUGGCCGACGAGAUCUCCGCCACAUCAAUGGUGUCCUGCUACACAGUCAAUCCGCCCCAGAUGCGCGGCCGCAUGGUCUAUGUGCAGUUCUCCAAUCAUCGCGAACUGAAGACGGACCAAAGUCACAAUAAUUCGGUUGUCCAGAGCGACUACCGCAUCCAGUCGCCGGCGGGUGGUUCCCCGCUGCCCUUGUGCGCCGCCAAUGCCACCAGCAACAAUGCCAAUAGCUCCGGUGAUAGCAACAGCAGUGCCGUGGCCAUUUUGCAGAAUAACACCAGUGCCGUGAAUGCGGCUGGAAAUAAUACCAAUUCGGCCGGAGGACCCAAUACCGUGCUCCGUGUGAUUGUCGAGUCACUAAUGUAUCCCGUAUCGUUGGAUAUACUGCAUCAGAUCUUCCAGCGUUAUGGCAAGGUCCUCAAGAUCGUCACCUUCACCAAGAACAAUUCAUUCCAGGCCCUCAUCCAGUAUCCGGAUGCAAAUUCGGCUCAGCAUGCCAAGUCCCUGCUGGACGGUCAGAAUAUCUACAAUGGCUGCUGCACGCUGCGAAUUGAUAACAGCAAGCUGACGGCACUGAAUGUGAAGUACAACAAUGACAAGUCGCGGGAUUUCACGAACCCCGCGCUGCCCCCGGGUGAGCCCGGUGUGGAUCUAAUGCCCACCGCUGGCGGACUGAUGAAUACCAAUGAUCUGCUAUUGAUCGCCGCCCGGCAAAGGCCCUCCCUAACAGUCAACGGCCUGGGUGCCCCGGGAGUCCUGCCGCCCUUCGCCCUGGGCCUGGGCACUCCACUGACCGGAGGAUAUAGCAACGCCCUGCCCAAUCUGGCCGCCUUCUCGCUGGCCAACAGCGGCGCCCUGCAGACAGCCGCACCCGCCAUGCGCGGAUACUCGAAUGUUCUGCUCGUCUCGAAUUUAAAUGAGGAGAUGGUCACGCCUGAUGCUCUCUUUACCCUCUUUGGUGUAUACGGCGAUGUGCAACGUGUAAAGAUCCUGUACAACAAGAAGGACUCGGCACUCAUACAGAUGGCGGAGCCCCAGCAAGCUUAUUUGGCCAUGUCUCACCUUGAUAAAUUACGUUUAUGGGGCAAGCCGAUACGUGUGAUGGCCAGCAAACACCAGGCCGUGCAGCUGCCCAAGGAGGGCCAGCCGGACGCAGGACUCACACGUGACUACUCCCAGAAUCCGCUGCAUCGCUUCAAGAAGCCGGGCAGCAAGAACUACCAGAACAUCUAUCCGCCAUCGGCGACACUGCAUUUAAGUAACAUUCCCUCGUCCUGCUCUGAGGAUGACAUCAAAGAAGCCUUCACCUCGAACAGCUUCGAAGUCAAAGCAUUCAAAUUUUUCCCCAAGGACCGCAAAAUGGCGCUGCUGCAGCUGUCAUCCGUGGAGGAGGCCGUUCUGGCGCUGAUCAAGAUGCAUAAUCACCAACUCUCCGAGUCGAAUCAUCUGCGUGUGAGCUUCUCCAAGUCGAACAUCUAGAAUCCGAUCCGUAGUCAGGUUCACUGAACCUGACUGGGUGCAACCGGCAGCUACAUGCACCACCAGCACCACCAGCUGCAGCAGCAGCACCACCUCCACCACACCACGCUACAGGUCUAUUGGCAGCAACAGAUACAAUCUAUAAUCCGCAGUACAAGGAGGAUGCAUCCGCACUUUAACUGAUAAUUACCCCAUCGAAUCCAAUCGAAUCACAUGCCACAUGCCACAGACCCAAACCCAAACCAUUUAAAUCCAAUCAAUUCAAAAGUGAAGCAACCCAGCGGCAACAAUCGAAGAAUGAGCUAUACAAGUUUUAAUUAGACGGAAACCGGCGAGGAAUCACCGACUAAAUUGCUAAAAACCACUAAAUAAUAAACAAAAUAUAUUUGAAAUUUAA